UUACCCGUGUAGAUUCCGUAUAAAAUGGGAAAUUUGUGCGGUGUAUUAUUUGUUUGUUUGACAUACGUAGUUGUGUAUUUGCAGAGAAAAGGAGUCGAGAUCGCUGCAGAAUUGAUCAACAAAGGAAUUGCUGAGAAGCUUGAUCUGAGCAAGUUUCCUUCAUUAAACGCCUUUCGAGUGGCCGAUUUGGGUUGCUCAGUUGGACCGAACACAUUCCUUGCCAUCCAAAACAUAGUUGAUUCCAUGGAGCUUAAGUAUAAACGCCAAGGACUCGGUCAUCAUCUUCCUGAGUUCCAAGUCUUCUUUAACGAUCAUGCCUCCAAUGAUUUCAACCAGCUUUUCACUACGCUUCCUCCGGAAAGGAGAUACUAUGCGACAGGUGUGCCGGGUUAUUUCCAUGAUCGGUUAUUUCCGGCUUCUUCUCUGCAUUUUGUCCACUGUUCCUAUGCUGCUCAUUGGCUUUCAAAAAUGCCAAAAGAGCUGGUGGACAAGACCUCUCCUGCUUGGAACAAAGGGAGGAUUCACUACUCGAACUCCACGGUCCAAGUUCGAAAAUCUUAUGAGGCUCAGUUUUUCAAGGAUAUGCAGAGGUUUCUAAAUGCUAGAGCUCAAGAGAUUUUGCAUGGGGGUAUGUUGGCUCUUGUUCUUCCUAUUUGCCCUAAUGGAACCCUUCAUUCUAAAGUUUUUAUCAACAAGGCAGUUGAACUUCUUGGACUUUGCCUCUUGGACAUGGCCGAAAGGGGCAUUAUAAGUGAAGACCAAAUAGACAGUUUUAAGUUUUAACUACCCACGAUACAUUGCAACUCUUGAACAAGUGGAAGAAAUUCUGAAUCGAAAUGGAUGUUUCAGCAUAGAAAUAAUGGAGACCUUUCCUUUCGAAAAGCCAUCUGCUAUGGUCUUCUCGUCCAUACUCAGAGCUGGCUUGGGACCAUUGAUAGAGAAACAUUUUGGACCUGAGAUUUUAGAUGAGCUAUUUGAUCUAUUAUGCAAGAGAUUUGAAGAUUCAUUCUCUAUCAUUGAUCCUGAGGAAACAAAUGCCUCAGUGUUUGUUCUACUCAAGCGCAAAGCAAGUGAAUAAGACAAAAUUAGAGAUCCACAGUGAUUCUCUAUUUAGUAGGAUAUAUAUAUCUAUAUAUGUAUUGUAUUUUUAAGAUUUCAAGUUCAUGACAACUAUAAUUUCCAGUCAAGCUAGCUUGAUUCAGCCAAAUUGCCUGAAGCUUUUUAAGCUGAAGAAGUGAAGAACGAGAACAAGGACUCCAGAUUAUAUUAUGCUGAGGCAAUUGAAGGCACUAAAUAAAAGAGUGUGUGGUGCAAUUAAUUAUUAAAUUGUCUUCUUGGCAGUUGGAAUUUGAGUAAAACUCGUGUUUCAUUAUUCAUAUA